AUGUCUCUGGACAGCGUGUGGGCUCCAGAGGCAGCAGACAUGGGGGAUGGGCCGCCUGCCAAGAAAGCUGCCAACCAGGGCUCCAUGCAGACACAGGUCCUCCAGACUGCCUCCCUAAAGGAUGGCCCAGCAAAGAGGGCAGUAUGGGUCCGUCGAGAGAUUGCCGAGACAGAAGACCCUGAGAAGUCAACUGCUCCCAAGGACAGGUCCAAGUUAGAGGUGACCAAAGCAGUGGUCGUGGAUCUCGGCACCGGCUUCUGUAAAUGUGGCUUUGCUGGCCUGCCAAAGCCCACUCACAAGAUCUCAACAACAGUGGGCAAGCCCUACAUGGAGACAGCCAAGACUGGGGAUAAUCGCAAAGAGACCUUCGUGGGGCAUGAGCUCCUUAACCCAGACAUACAGCUCAAGCUGGUCAACCCCCUGCGUCAUGGCAUCAUCGUGGACUGGGACACAGUGCAGGACAUCUGGGAAUAUCUCUUCCGACAAGAGAUGAAGAUCGCCCCGGAGGAGCAUGCAGUCCUGGUCUCGGACCCACCCCUGAGCCCUCACACCAACAGAGAGAAGUAUGCUGAGAUGUUGUUUGAGACCUUCAACACACCUGCGAUGCACAUUGCCUACCAGUCCCGCCUGUCCAUGUACUCGUACGGACGCACGUCCGGGCUGGUGGUGGAGGUGGGCCACGGCGUGUCCUAUGUGGUACCCAUCUAUGAGGGUUAUCCUUUGCCUAGUAUCACGGGGCGGCUAGACUAUGCAGGAUCUGACCUGACGGCCUACCUGAUGAGCUUGAUGAACAACUCUGGAAAACACUUCACAGAGGACCACACCAGUAUUGUGGAGGACAUCAAGACAAGAUGCUGCUUCGUGGCCCUGGACCCCAUCGAAGAGAAGAAAAUCCCUCCCAGUGAACAUGAGAUCCAAUAUACUCUGCCUGAUGGGAAAGAGAUCCGUCUGGGCCAGGAGAGGUUCCUCUGCUCGGAGAUGUUCUUCAAGCCGUCGCUAAUCAAAUCCAUGCAGCUGGGCCUCCACACCCAGACGGUGUCCUGCCUUAACAAAUGUGACAUCGCACUCAAGCGAGACCUCAUGGGGAACAUCCUGCUCUGUGGGGGCAGCACUAUGCUCAGGGGCUUCCCUAACCGCCUGCAGAAGGAACUGAGCAGCAUGUGCCCCAAUGAUACCCCACAGGUCAAUGUUCUGCCUGAGAGAGACACCGCAGUGUGGACUGGUGGCUCUAUCCUAGCCUCGCUCCAGGGUUUCCAACCACUGUGGGUUCACCGCUUUGAGUACGAGGAGCAUGGGCCUUUCUUCCUCUACAGAAGGUGCUUCUGA